AUGUCUAUAAUAUAUGGAUUAGUAGCAAAAGAUAAAACGGUGUUGGCGGAAUAUACAGAAUUUGGAGGCAAUUUUUCAAACAUCGCCAGAUUACUUUUGGAAAUAAUACCUCCGCAUUCUUCGAGAAAAUCAUAUAUAUAUAAUGAUUAUGUUUUUCACCAACUAAUGAAAAAUGGAAUUACAUUCAUGGCUAUGACCGACAGAGAAUUAGGGUUCCUAAUUCCUUAUAGCUUUUUAGAAGAAGUAUCAAAAAUUUUUUUUAAGCAUUUUAAUUAUACAUCAGACUUUAUCACUUUAUCAUUGGAUGAAGAAUUUAAAUCUGUUUUAAAAGAAAAUAUGAGAAAAUUCAAUGAUUACGAGGCUAAUGAAGUGCAUAACUUGAAAAGCCAAAUUAGUAACAUCCAAAAUAUCAUUAUAGAAAAUAUUGAAAAAAUAUUAGAAAGAAGAGAAAAAAUUGAUAUACUAGUUAACAGAAGUGAAAAAUUACGCCAAGAAAACUUUAAUUUUAGGAGAGAAGCUAUACGAUUAAAUUUUUAUAUGUGGAUGGAAAAUAACAGGUUUCUUAUUUACGUUAUUUCAUCAAUGGCUAUUUUUGUUCUAGUCAUAUGGUCUAUUUAUAAUGUAUAA